GGUGGAUUCUCGCAAGGUCCCCCACCAUUUUUGGCACCGAUUUUGUGGCAGGCGAGUCGCCGCGGGCCGUCCAGGAGUGCAGUAGCUCAACCGCCAAGCAUCUUGACCAUCUUGAUAGCUGUCAGAUGCUGCGCAAUCCUGGUAUUAGCGUGGGGCUCCCGUGGGAUCGUCACAGGCAUUACUCUGUAUUUGGUCUGGUGCCUGAUAGUGAUAGUUCUCGCUGGCAUGAUCCCUCACCCGCUCCCAGACUACCAUUGGGUCGAGCAUCCGGCAUCGUUCCCCUAUAGGCGAUCCAAGUUUCCCUCAGACCCCACGACGACUAGGUAACUUAGGUAGGCAGGUAGCGAGAGGAGUAGACACUGAAAGAUGCAGCGUGACGUGAGGAGACGGGCAUUUCAAAUUCCUGGGAGCCCAUCUUCAUAAAGUAGCCGUUCUCCUUCAGUCUCGGAUGGCUAGAGGGGUGCUGCAGACUGCCAGUCCAGUGUGUGUUGUUGUGCAACGAUCAACCGCAGAAUCCAUACCAUGGUUCGUGUUCUGGCCAUUCUCGGAGCCAUCGCCUUCGGCCUCGGCUGUGUGGAUGCCACUGUCUUCCCAUACACAUCAGUUUGCGAACAAAUCAACGGAAAUCUCACCAGUGCGAGUGAUGUGAUCUUCCCAAUCCAGGCUGUCACGUACCAGAAAGAGACCCAACAUUGGUUCCUAUCCUCAGAUCAAAACCCUUCCUGUGUGGUGCGCGUUGGGUCCAGUCAAGAUAUCUCCAGAGUUCUUCAGAUCAUCCGAGACACAAAGACCCCUUUUGCCGUCCAGUCUGGGGGCCAUGCCUCCAAUCCAGGCUUCUCUAGCACCACAGGCGUCCACAUUUCCCUAUCACUACUGGACCAGGUAGUCCUUUCUCCCGACAAGAAGACGGCGGAAAUUGGGUUCGGCCAGACCUGGGCCGAUGUCUAUGACAAGCUUGAACCACACGGACUCAACGUCGUAGGAGGGAGGGUGAUUGGACCUGGUAUCGGUGGCUUCACUCUAGGAGGUGGUUAUUCAUGGAAGACGAAUCAGUUCGGGCUUACCUGUGAUACGGUCGAGCUCUUCAACAUUGUCCUUCCGAACGGCACAGUCACCACGGCGAGCCCAAGUUACAAUCAAGACCUAUUCUUUGCCCUCAAGGGCGGCAAGAAUCGCUUUGGUAUUGUGACCUCCGCAAUUUUCCGAACUCACCCCCAAGGUCGAGUCUGGGGUGGGCUCCGCAUCUACCCCUCUACCUCUGUCCCAGCCCUUCUCAACGCCACGCGUCUCUUUCAAACGGAGAACACGGAUCCCAAGGCGGGACUCAUCACCACUCUCGAGGGUGGCGCCCUUGGCACUACGGCGCUUGUUCUCAUGUUUUACGAUGGCCCUGAGAAGCCCCCAAUUUUUGACCUCUUCGAUGGCAUCCCUUUUCUGGUUAGCGGGACGCUCCCCAAUCGCAAAUGGACCAACUUCAUCGCCAGCUUUCCCGCCGAGCUGAAGCUGAACCUCCGGGGAACCUUCGCCAGCGUGUCGACUUCGACACUGACCACGAGGUUCCUAGACGCCAUCAAGAAUGAGACGGACUCGAUUGGGUUGACCAAGGGCUUGAAGACCGGCACGACAGUGUCAUACGACAUAGAACCUUUCACCCAGUACGGUGUACAUGCCACCGACAGCGCUUUCCCCCACGCUGACUCCCCUCUGCCUCUGAAUCUUUACUUCUCCUGGGCCAGCGCUGCCCACGAUGAGUAUUGGUAUAACCGGAUGAAGCAGUCGAUUGCUACGCUUAAGCAGGUGGCUAUUGAGGAGGGUAUCUACUCAGAAUCCUUCACUUCGUAUCCAAACUAUGCGAUCUCGGGGACAACGGCAGAGGAGCUCUACGGCGAGGCUAAUGCGGAGAGACUGAGAGAGAUUAGAGACAUCUAUGACCCCGAAAAGGUCAUGGAUCUUGCGGGGGGAUUUGAGAUUUGAGGCAAUGUACCCAAGGUACUAAUGUAAUUACUGUUCAAUUGCAGUGGUCGAGAAGACCACUAGAUGCUGGAAGGAAAAUGUAAAAUAUUGUGGCGCC